AUGGCCAACGUGGUACGUGCGCCAGCGCCUUCGUCGCUGUGCGACGCCAUCGAGCGCCGACUCCACGAUGUGAAGGAAGUACAAGUCCCACGCCUCGUGGCAUGUACGAGCGCCAGUGACCUGGCUGAGCUUGAGGCAGAGCUGCAAGCGACACUCCACAAAAUAGCCUCAUUUGUACAGCAGCUCGACGAUGACGUCGAGGAAGGCGAGACGCCUGAAGAACGGCAGGCGCUUCGGGAUAUGGCACACAAGCAGCGCAAGGCGCUCCAGGCCCUCCGUCAAGAUACCCGGCGUGCCUUGCUAACGGCCCACAGGGCGGUGCAAGCACACCAACAUAUGGCGGCGCGAACAGCGCUCCUAGGCACCGCGCCAAAAGCCACAGUCACAUCGCUGGACGGUCCCAAAGACCGGGCAGGUGCCACGUCAGAGCAGGUUACCAGUGCCCUACAACGGACCGUGGCCCUUAUGUCAGGAGAAUUAGAAAAGUCGGGCUACUCGGCUCAGUUGCUGGAGGAGUCGUCAGACGUCCUCUCGCAAGUCUCGCAAAAGUAUGAAUCCUUCAAUGACUUACUUCGCGACUCCAUCUCCCUUAUUCGUCAGAUGGAGCGUGCCGAGCUGGUAGAUUUCGGGAUUCUUGCGGGCUCGAUCCUGUUUUUUGUGGGAUGCGUCGCAUACAUUCUGUAUGUUCGCGUACUCAGCCGCGGGAUCUGGGCGCUCGGUACCGCUUGGCGAGCGACCAACUACGUCGGUGCAGGGGCAUGGGGCGGUGCGUCGUCGCUUGCAGCCGCUGCAUCGUCCGCUGCAGCUGCGAUGCAUACAUCUGUCGCAUCGCACAUGCCGAGUCAGGCAACGCCUGGAUCUGCGUAUAGUGCGCCGUCGUCAUCGUUGUCAUCGUCGACUACAGCUUGGGAUGACAUGUAUUUACCGCGUGAUACUCAUGGCUCGUCCGCAGGUGCGGACGCGAUGCAAGAUAUGCCACCGUCAACAUGGACGUCACAGGAUAUUAUGCAGGACGAGUCUGUGCGUGGAAACAUUGAGGCACUUCACGACGAUCUGCUCCCCUCGGAGGGCAUCAGCGAUCCAGCGUUGGAGACACCAGACGAGGUAUAUGUCGAUGCCGUUUCUGAUUUCGACGAUGCGUGGCCGUCCGUCACAGAGUCGUCUACGACCGAGGCGGAGCCUGCAUCUGCCCCCGAGGCGGAGCGUGACAUCGAGCGUGACGUCGAGCCCGAUGUAGAACCCAAAGUCGAGCCUGAUGCUCGCUUUGACAUGUCCUUGGAGGCUGAGCCAGAGAGUACACCAGACAUGACCGUGGAAGCCACGCCUGCCAUGACAGAUGAAUCUACCCCAGCAACGACCGAUGUCGAAGAGACGUCCUCCCACCCCAUUGCAGAGGCCAUGCCGAGCACGACAGAGACCUCAGACGUCGUGCACGACGAUCGGCCCAGCGCGAUCGGGUCUACUGCCCUACCGAGUGUCACCGGGCCGACGGAGGACCUGCUUGCGCGGCUGACCGAUGCGCUUUCUUCUCAUACCAUCUCCCCACUAUCUGCGACGACUACUUAUAGCCCCCGGUCUCAAGCACGUCCAUGGUCGGAUGAGCUUUGA